CGUUCUAUAUAUUCCUGUGCGAACCCACUUCCCAUUUCACUUUCUAAACUCCAUUGCUGAAAAACAAGAAAGAUUUGAGAGUGAGCUCUAAGAGUGAUAGCCCACAUGGAGAGUGGAGUUAGAAAAGAAAACAAUCCCCCUUCCUCUUCUUUCAGUCUUCAAAAACAACCUCCUGCAACAAACCCUAGCCCACUGAGAAAGAUCAUAAUGGUUGCAUCGAUAGCUGCUGGUGUUCAAUUUGGUUGGGCGCUACAGCUCUCUUUGUUAACCCCAUAUGUGCAACUCUUGGGCAUUCCUCACACAUGGGCUGCUUUCAUCUGGCUUUGCGGCCCGAUUUCUGGCAUGUUAGUCCAGCCAACAGUGGGGUACUACAGUGACCGAUGCACCUCCCGUUUUGGCCGUCGUAGCCCGUUUAUUGCGGCGGGGGCUGGUUUUGUUGCCAUUUCUGUGUUUCUCAUUGGCUAUGCCGCUGACAUUGGCCAUCUCUCUGGUGAUUCCCUCACAAAAACAGCUAAGCCACGCGCAAUUGCUGUGUUUGUGGUAGGGUUCUGGAUUCUUGAUGUUGCUAAUAACAUGCUUCAAGGUCCAUGUAGGGCAUUUCUUGCUGAUCUUUCAGGGACGGAUCACAAGAAGACUCGUACAGCCAAUGCUUUCUACUCUUUCUUUAUGGCUGUUGGCAAUGUUCUUGGCUUUGCAUCUGGGUCUUACACUCACUUGUACAGAAUCUUUCCAUUUUCAAGAACCAAGGCUUGUGAUGUUUACUGUGCAAAUCUCAAAUCUUGUUUCUUCAUCUCCAUUGCCUUGCUUUUAACGUUGACAAUUCUAGCUCUCUCUUACGUACGUGAAAAACCCUGGUCGCCGGAGGGAAGUUCCGGUGACGGAGGUAACGAGGAGGAGAAAGAGGUGGAGGGUGGAGAAGCUAAAGAGUCGACGCCAGCGCCUUUUUUUGGGGAAAUAGUCGCUGCUCUUAAGAACUUGCAAAGACCUAUGAGGAUCCUCCUUUUGGUGACGUGUCUAAACUGGGUUGCGUGGUUUCCUUUCUUGUUGUUUGAUACUGAUUGGAUGGGGAGAGAGGUGUACGGUGGUGAUUCAAGUAGAAAUGCUGAUCAACUGAAGAUGUAUGAUCGUGGGGUCCGUGCAGGUGCAUUGGGGUUACUGCUUAACUCGGUGGUUUUGGGAUUCACUUCACUUGGUGUGGAGGUUUUGGCUCGUGGGGUUGGCGGGGUUAAAAGGCUGUGGGGGAUUGUAAAUUUUAUCUUGGCUAUUUGUUUGGCUAUGACUAUUUUGAUCACCAAAGUGGCUCAAUCUAACAGAAGGUACACCACCGUGAAUGGAGGAACCCACCUCUUGCCGCCGCCAUCUGGUGUCAAGGCUGGUGCUCUAGCCCUUUUUGCUGUUAUGGGCAUACCUCAAGCUAUAACUUACAGCAUCCCUUUUGCUUUGGCAUCCAUCUUUUCUAACACUUCGGGUGCUGGCCAAGGGCUUUCUCUUGGAGUUCUCAAUCUUUCAAUAGUUAUACCACAGAUGGUGGUUUCUGUAGCAGCUGGACCUUGGGAUGCCCUUUUUGGAGGAGGAAAUCUACCAGCUUUUGUUGUAGGAGCGGUUGCAGCUGCAGCCAGUGGAAUAUUGGCAUUCACCAUGCUUCCAUCUCCGCCCCCUGACAUCCCCUCAAACAAGAGGGCUGCCACCAGUAGUAGUGCUGCAUUCCAUUGAUCUGCAGAAUGCAGUAGUGGUAGCGUUUGCCUUUCUUUUUUCUUCCUUUUUUAAAACUUCCUUCCAAGACUGGUGACUGGUCUAUAAAGGGUCUUUUCCUUCCUUUCUUUCUCCUUUUGAGAUGCAGCAGAGGCCAGAAAGGCCAUGUGUGUUGUAAUAGCAAAAAUCAAAUGGCCACAGAUGGCCAUCUGAGAGUCAUAUCUAUAUGGAUGUGUAAACAUGCUUGUACAAGUGAAAUAUACAGUCAUGGUUCUAAUCAUA